AAAGUGCAUUUUUAGAAGGAUUCUGGGAGGAGUGGCAGAAGCAUCAGUUCCCCGGGGAAGAAAAAAAAAAAAGAGAGAAAGCAUUUGAACUUGAACGUUUGGCGUUCCUGAGGUUUGCAGACUGUUGGAGCAUCGGAGGCACCCGAAAGAAUUCAGAGAGCCCAACAAUGUCUCUGUAUUGUGGAACAAUUUGCAGAAGGAAAUCUUUUUGGUGGUAUAGGCUACUGUCAACUUAUGUCAAUAAGACACGAUAUUUAUUUGAAUUGAAGGAAGAUGACGAGGCCUGUAGGAAAGCUCGGCAGACUGGAGUGUUUUACCUCUUUCAUGAUCUGGCUCCUUUGCUGCAGACUUCAGGACGGCAAUACCUGGUCCCCCGGCUUAGCCAAGCAGAGUUGGAGAGGCUGCUGGGCAAGUUUGGACAGGAUUCACAAAGAAUAGAAGAUUCAGUGCUGAUUGGAUGCUCCAACCAGCAUGAGGCGUGGUUUGCUCUGGAUCUAGGUCUGAGUAGCGCAUCCUCCAUCCACAAACCUGAAGUGGAGGCAGAGCUCGGAGGUUCUUUCAUCAGUCUGAGGCGGGCUCUUUCUCAGCUGAGCUCCAUGGAUUCCUCCUUGCUGUUCACGGCUCGGGCUCUUCUCCGCUGGCAAGAUGGUCAUCAGUUCUGCAGCAGAAGUGGGCAGCCCACUAAGAAGAACGUGGCUGGCAGCAAGCGAGUGUGUCCUUCCAAUAACAUCAUCUAUUAUCCACAGAUGGCCCCUGUGGUGAUCACCCUGGUGACAGAUGGAGCCCGGUGCCUACUUGCCCGCCAGAGCUCCUUUCCCAAGGGAAUGUAUUCUGCCCUGGCAGGCUUCUGUGAUAUAGGUGAAAGUGUGGAGGAGGCCAUCCGGCGAGAAGUUGCAGAAGAGGUGGGCCUGGAAGUGGAAAACCUGCAGUACUCCACGUCCCAGCACUGGCCCUUUCCCAAUAGCUCGCUCAUGAUUGCUUGUCAUGCAACCGCAAAACCAGGGCAGACAGAGAUCCAGGUGAACCCGAGAGAACUAGAAGCAGCUGCCUGGUUCAGUCUGGAUGAGGUGGCCGCAGCCCUGAUGAGAAAGGGCUCCUUUAUUCAGCAACAGAGUGAUGCUCUCCCACUGCUGCUGCCCCCCAAGUUAGCUGUUGCCCACCACAUGAUUAAGACGUGGGUGGAAACACAGACCUGUUCUUCCCUGGCUGCUUAGCUCAAGUCAGGCCAUCUAGAUCCCUCCCAAGCAGCUGAAGGGCAUGCAGAGGAGGUGGCAGAGCCUGCUCCAGGGAGCUCUGAGGAGUUCCUGUUAAUAAAAGAGGUUCCGACUAAUGAACAACCAAAAAUGUCAGUAUAACCUGGAUAGAACAUCCUGUACCCGCACUUGUCCAGCUGCUCUGAAGGCUGAGGCAAGAGCGUCACUUUUUCCUAACAACCUGGGAAACACAUCGAGACUGUCUCUGGCAAAGCAGAAGUCUAAGGAAAGCGUUGAUUGAUGAGAGGCUAACUAUGACAAGCUGAGGGAAGGUGCUGACUUGUUUGGUGGGGGUCAUUUUCUCCGUGGCUGUAGGAGCAAACACUUUCCAGCGUGUGGCUCAUUGAUGUUGCAUUUACAGGAACUGCCGAAUGUGCCUGGGGUAAUUUAUCUUAGUAUCUAAACUACUGACAAAUCUCAACUCACAUUUGAAUUGCUUCUGUCCCCACAAAAAAAUAACAUAAAUAAUGUUUUUGAAUUUG